AAACAACACAUGCUUGGAACUAAAUCUCACAAACAAAUACAAAUUUAAUUAAAAUGUCACUUGAAGAUGAUGAUAUUCCUCAGUUAUCAGCUGAUACACAAGCUAUUUUAAGUCAGUUCCUUAAAGAACGAGAUGAUCAAGAAAAAGUCGGUGAAGUUUCAGAGAAUUGGCAACUGUCGCAAUUUUGGUAUGACGAAGAGACACAGAAGGUUUUUGGAAAAAUCUGCAAGAAAUUAAUAAGAGAAUAUGAUGAGGAUAUUAAAAUAGCACUUUUGUCAUGUCCAUCAUUAUUUGAGACAGUCAGAUCAAUUGCGGAUAAUGUAAAGAUAUUUGAGUACGAUGAGCGAUUUAAAAAGUACGAAAAUGAUUUUGUGCAUUAUGAUUACAAUUUAGGAGACAGUGAGGAUUAUUUAAAGGAGUUUACUGGAUCUUUUGAUGUAAUCAUACUGGAUCCACCAUUUCUAUCUGAGGAGUGCCUGACAAAAAGCUAUAAAAUCGUGAGCCGGAUUAAAAACGAAAAUUCAUUGAUUAUUCUUAAUACUGGAAGUAUUCAAAGAGAUCUAGCAGUUAAACUUGGACUUAAGGAAUCAAACUUUAAGCCAAGACAUAAAAAUAAUUUAGCUAAUGACUUUUCAUGCUUCGCAAACUUUGAUGUCGAUAAGUACAUCCUCUAAAAUGUAAAAAAGAAGCAAUAUAAAUAUAAACAAAAAUAAAAGUGAAAGGAUGAAUAAA